AUGGCGCCCUCCCGAAGGGGCCGUACUUCGCUCACACAGGGUCUCGAUCGUGAAGUUCACCAAGUCAUCCGCAACGUGAUUGACCAGCGCUCCGCUUUCGCCGAGGACGCUUUUGUUCCGACUUUUGCCAACAUCUACGAUGAGAUCAAGCGCUCCAACUCUAGCUUGAACAGGAAGCCAAAGAAGCUCCUGGAGGACUCCAUAGAGCGCGUCUUGGACGUUAUACGGCAGGAUCUUGCAGAAACAGAUUCGGAAGCAGAACUGGAACAGCAGCAGCAACGCCUUCCUUUGACGCCUGGUCCGCCUAAUAAGGCGUCAAAUGCCAUGAACAAAUCUAUCGUCGCCAAAUGGAGUGCUGCCCCUGCCACCAACGGCAUGACUACCCCGACCACCGAAACCAUGGCCGAGGAGACCUCUACGAAAAAUGCGCAAGAACCGCCGCGUAAGAAGCGAAAACGAGCGCCAGAAAUCAACCUCAGUCCGCCCACGAACAUCAGCCUGGCAAACCUAGGUGGCGUUGAUACUAUCGUCGAGCAGUUCCAAGACCUCCUCACAAUCCCCCUGAUGUGCCCGACGAUAUCCAUGGUCCAGUCAGUGCGAGGGAUUUUGAUCCACGGCCCGCCAGGCUGCGGCAAGACGACAAUAGCCAAUGCCAUCGCGGCAGAAUACGGUGUUAACUUCAUCAACAUAUCAGCACCGUCGCUUGUUAGUGGCAUGUCUGGCGAAUCCGAGAAGGCUCUCAGGGAGUGCUUCGAACAAGCUAAGCAGGCUGCGCCAUGUCUACUAUUUCUAGACGAGAUUGACGCGAUAACACCCAAGCGAGAGUCUGCGUCGCGGGAAAUGGAGAAGCGGAUAGUGGCUCAAUUGGCAACCUUGAUGGAUGGACUGGACCCAGCACUCAACGAAGGCAAGACUGUGGUGGUCCUUGCUGCUACGAACAGACCUGAUGCUCUAGACCCCGCGUUGCGGCGUGGUGGCCGCUUCGAUAAAGAAAUCCACAUGAAUGUGCCUAGCGAGGACAUGCGGCAUCAGAUCCUACGGGCACUGACAAGCAAGCUAGCACUAGCAGAUGACGUCGACCUCCAGAUCAUGGCCAGGCGAACUCCAGGGUAUGUUGGUGCCGAUUUGAAGGACUUGGUGUCAACAGCCAACAACCUUGCCAUCAAGCGCUUUCAGGCAACGCUCGCUCAGGAUGCCGCCGAUACAGCAGUCGUGGAGGCCUCUGCGAUGCAGCUAGAUACAAAUGGAACCUCGGAAAACGAGAAUGACAGAGCUGGGGAGAACUUUGCGGCGUCAACACAGGCGCACGAUGAAGAGCUCAGUCCGGCAACCAUCGCUCUACGCAAUAUGCUGAAGUUUCUUCGACAGCACCCUCCCGAGCAGACCACAAUCACCAUAACCCAAACCGACUUCCUCACCGGCCUCCCCCGUGUCUCCCCCUCCGCCCUCCGCGAAGGCUUCGCUACCGUCCCUCACACAACCUUCGCCCAAAUCGGCGGCCUGACCCCCAUAAUCGCCACCCUCACCGAAUCCAUCAUCGGGCCAAUCCUCAACCCGGCAAUGUACACCACCAUGAACAUCUCCAUGAGUUCCGGCGCCCUCCUCUUCGGCCCGCCCGGCUGUGGCAAGACCCUUCUCGCAAGGGCCAUCGCUAACGCGAGCCACGCGAACUUCAUCGCCGUCAAAGGCCCGGAACUACUCAAUAAAUACGUCGGAGAGUCGGAGCGGGCUGUAAGGAGUGUCUUUCAGCGCGCGCGCUCGAGUGUGCCAUGUUUAAUCUUUUUCGACGAACUAGACGGCGUGGUUCCUCCCAGGGCGGACUCUAGCGAAGCGAGUGCUCGCGUUGUUAACACUCUUUUGACGGAACUUGAUGGGGUGAGUGGGGACAAAGCUGGUAUCUUCGUACUGGGCGCGACAAAUCGGCCGAAUAUCAUCGACCAGGCUGUGCUACGGCCCGGGCGGCUCGAUAGCUUGGUGUAUGUGGGCAUGCCGGAUGGCAAGGGCAGGAAGGAGAUCUUGCAGGCGCAGACGAAGGAUAUGCCGGGAAUGGCGUGGAAUGAGCGGAUGGAUCGACUGGUGGGCUACGUGGAAAAUGGCCAACAGGGCGGGCUCUGUCCAUGUGACGGGUUCAGCGGUGCAGAUAUGGCACAUCUCAAAAAUAAAGCAGGCAUGGUCGCCAUUAGACGCGCCAGAGCCAAGGCGGGCCCUGGCAAGGAACCUGACAGACACGCGUUGAAAGUCGCCACCGAGGACUUCGAGGUUGCCGUGUCCGAAAUAGGAAGGAGUGUACGCGAGUCGGAUCUCAAAAUGUACGAGAAAUUACGAAAGGAAUGGGAAAAAAUCCCAGGGGCCGCCCUGAUCGCCUCUUGA